AUGGCCAUUAUAAAGUGCAACAACAAGCUCUCACAACAAAAGGCAAUGGUUAAACAUCUUAUGAAGAGGUGCUCGAGCUUGGGCAAGAAAAACGGGUACUUAAACGAUCAAGGACUGCCGUUGGAUGUCCCGAAAGGGCACUUUGUGGUUUAUGUUGGGGAAAGUCGAAGCCGGUACAUUGUCCCUUUAUCGAUCUUGACCCAACCCGAAUUCCAGAGCCUGCUUCAAAGGGCUGAGGAGGAAUUCGGGUUCGAUCACGACGCGGGCCUUACUAUUCCUUGCGAUGAAGAGAUUUUCGAGUCCCUAACGUCGACGUUUAUGUAG